AUGGCCCCGGUGCUGCUGUGGCUGCUGGCGGCGGCGGCGGCGGCGGCGGCGGCGGGGGGGGCGGUGGAAGCGCAGCCCCCCGCCUCCGAGCCCGCCUGCCCCGUGUGUCUCUGGCGGCGGCACAGCAAGGAGCUGCGGCUGGAGAGCAUCAAGUCGCAGAUCCUGAGCAAGCUGCGGCUGAAGGAAGCGCCCAACAUCACCCGGGAGGUGGUGCAGCAGCUGCUGCCCAAGGCCCCGCCGCUCCAGCAGCUCCUCGACCUCCACGACUUCCAGGGGGACUCGCUGCAGCACGACGAGUACCUGGAGGAGGACGAGUACCACGCCACCACCGAGACCGUCAUCAGCAUGGCCCAGGAAACGGACCCCGUGGUGCAGAUCGAGGGGAACCCCCAUUGCUGCUUCUUCAACUUCAGCCCCAAGAUCAUGUUCACCAAAGUGGUGAAGGCGCAGCUGUGGGUGUACCUGCGGCCGGUGCAGCACACCUCCACCGUCUACCUGCAGAUCCUCCGCCUGAAGCCGGUGACGGAGGAAGGCAGCCGCCACAUCCGCAUCCGCUCCCUGAAGAUCGACCUCAACUCCCGCAUCGGGCACUGGCAGAGCAUCGACUUCAAGCACGUGCUGCAGAACUGGUUCAAGCAGCCGCAGAACAACUGGGGCAUCGAGAUCAACGCCUUUGACCCCAACGGCAACGACUUGGCCGUCACCUCGCUGGGACCCGGGGCCGAAGGGCUGCACCCCUUCAUGGAGCUGCGGGUGCUGGAGAACAACAAGCGCUCGCGGCGGAACCUGGGGCUGGACUGCGACGAGCACUCGACCGAGUCGCGCUGCUGCCGCUACCCCCUCACCGUCGACUUCGAGGCUUUCGGCUGGGACUGGAUUAUCGCCCCCAAGAGAUACAAAGCCAACUACUGCUCGGGGCAGUGCGAGUACAUGUUCAUGCAGAAGUACCCCCACACCCACCUGGUGCAGCAGGCGAACCCCCGGGGCUCGGCGGGGCCCUGCUGCACCCCCACCAAGAUGUCCCCCAUCAACAUGCUUUACUUCAACGACAAACAGCAGAUCAUCUACGGCAAGAUCCCGGGCAUGGUGGUUGACAGAUGCGGCUGCUCUUAG